UGGUCGAGCGCCCCGGCCUGCGGCCUUGUCGCAUCUCGUAGCUAUACUAUCAUGACUAUAAUCACGGUUGUAUAGGGUUCAUAUUUAUGUAUUUACCAGGGAGCUGGGGAAAACGGAAGGAAAGCACCACCCGCCUACAAGCAACGGACUUCAGUCAGAUUGAUAAUUAUACCGGGUUUUUUUAUCAGAGUCUCCAUGAUGACACUGUGUUGGUUCAUACAAACAUCAUGAUUACACUCCUUAUUUGAUGUUUGAGACAUCUACCUGGAGCACGUAGACCGUCCGCUCAUGGAGAAAGCGAGACAAUGGCGAAUCCGUCUUUUCUUCUGCGAAGAUGCAAUGCAGUCCCAUUCAUGCGCUUCUGUGUGGUGCUUCUUACCCUACCUCCAAGCCUCCUGGCGGGCAACGUCCUAAUAACCACAAGCCUUGGCGAAGGAUCGCAUUAUUUCGUCGGGAAGACGAUUGGAAAAUACCUCGUAAGACACGGUCACAAUGUGACGGUUCUCGUCAGCGAAGCGUAUGCUCACCGGGCAGACAAUCCUGAAGACUCGGAGUUAAAUUUCAUUGUGUUCCAUCAAUCGACCGAGCAGAUUAAGUCUGUGAGAGAAAGACAUUUGGCCUUCUCAAAGAAUGCCCUUGAACCAAGUACCGCGACAUACAUCAUCAACCUCAUGCAAACCCAUCGCCAAGGUGCAGCGGACGAUUGCGAAGACCUCCUGGGAAACCCCGACGUCAUGCACCAACUCGAAGACGGCAAGUUCGAUGUGGUAGUCUAUGACAUGAUCUGGUUGUGCAGUCUGAUGGUGGCCAUGAAACUGAACACAACCGCAGUGUUGUCUUCCCCAAUGGCUGUGCCGACGAUGCUAUCCAUGUACGCACGAAAUCCAGUCAAUUUGGCCUACACUCCAGAUUGUAUGAAUGGCUAUACAAAUAAAAUGUCCUUUCUACAACGUGUAAACAACGUAGUGGCCAAUCAGGUAUUAUUCCAGAUAUUAGAGUACAUGCAUGGGCCUUUCAACACCGUCAGGGAACGCCAUCAGAUCAGGCAAGAUUUGCAAGGAUCUGUCUCGGACCUCAUCGGGACCUACACCGAUUUAUUCCUGGUCAAUAUGGAUUUUGCGGUGGAGUACCCGCUGCCGCUCAUCCCGAAUAUCAUCACCAUAGGAGGAAUCACUGCAAGACCGGCAGCACCAUUACCAGAUGACUUAGAGACACUCAUGCAGUCAUCUGGCGAUGGUGGCGUCAUCUUAUUCACACUCGGUACUUAUGUUACCCACAUCAGACAAGAAUUCCUUGAACCAUUUGCAGAGGUCUUUGGUCGGUAUCCGCAGCAGAAGGUUCUGUGGCAGUUCGUCGGUGAACCUAAGUUCAAGAUACCGCCAAAUGUAAAGAUGAUGCCAUGGCUGCCACAGAAUGAUAUUUUAGGUCACCCGAAGACACGUCUAUUCAUUUUCCAUGGCGGCAACAACGGGUUCUACGAGACCAUGUACCAUGGUGUCCCAGCUAUUCUGAUACCACUCACAGGGGAUGCCAUAGAUCAGGGGUCUCGACUGACGCAUCAGGGUUUCGGCAUAGUCCUUGACAAGACCAAUGUGACGGUUGAUGUACUAGACGAUGCAAUAAAAACGAUCUUCAACAACAAUAGUUACUCGGAGGUGGCAAAGCUACUGUCCGCUCGUCUGCAAAGUAGGUCGAUGCAUCCGGGUGAUCGCGCUGCAUUCUGGGUAAAUCACGUGAUGAAGCAUGGAGGCGGCUACAUGAGAAGCCCACUGAUUGGACUCAACUUUAUACAGCGUAAUAUGCUAGAUGUUUUGGCAUUUUUCCUAGCCUUGGUCUCAGUAAUACUAGUGGUUUCUUUCUAUAGCAUCCGGUGCACUCUAAGUUUCUGUAAACAGAAAUGUAUCUCUUCUUCUAAACAAAAACAUGAUUGAACAAAAUAAAUCAAUUAAGUAUUUUUUUUAUUCUCAUUCUUCACAUUGACAAUUUCCAAAGACAUGUAAUGUAUAUAUAUAUAUAUAUAUAUAUAUUGAUGAUUCUAAUUAUGUGUGACAUGGUGAUUGAGCUUGGCAUAUCGUUAUAACAGGAGUGGAUUGAUAGACUGAACACAGCUAACGUGUGAAUCUCCAUUGGCCUUGACAAGCGCACUACUACUACUUGAUUUUUAAAGGUAUAGGGUUACUGUAAGAAUAAAAUAUCUUAUGCGAUAAAAUUCCUUUAUUUGGGACGAGACACGUUUUAAAAGGAAGUGCCUGCAACUGGUUUUCAGGAUAUAGUUAUUUGGAUAAUGAUCAUGUACUGAUAAAUAAGAAUUACUCAUAUUUAGCAAGUGCUUGCUUUCCGAAUUUAAUUUGCAACCCUACAGAAACAUGAGAAAGGAAGACUUUAACAUGUUUAGAAAUUGUAUGGCUUUGUAUAUUGUGUGGUGCCUGAAACCAUUUUGAUAGUCGAAUAAGAUUCAAGUUUAGGUUAAUUGCCGAUUAAUAUUCUUCUGAUAUAAUCUCAAUAUCAUAUUAUUUAUGAUCAAACAUGGUAAUUAAAGUCUCAUCUGAUUUUUUUAGGAAACCAAACUGUUUGGAAAUCGUAGCAAAUGCACAAUGCGGUGCUUUAUGUAGUGACAUGCAUAAAUGUAAGUGCUAUUCGCUUCUCUGACCAAAAAAUAAUAAUAAUAAACGGUGCUCCUUGUUCAUAAAUAAAAGUAGCAUAGCUCAGCUUGAUAGUUAUACAACAUGGCGAAAACAAUCUCGGAAAGUUUUUAUAUCCUGCGCUUUUGCAGCAAUAUACAAUGACGAUUUAAUUUAUCAGCCUCGUCUAAACUUUAUUAAGUGGCAUGCAUGACCUUUUUUGUAAAUGUGGUUCGCGUCAGGUUUUUUUCUCUCUCUCUUGUAAAAGAAAGUGAAAACAGCCAUCAUUCUAUUAUUUUUGUAUUAAAGACCGACAACUUUAACUGUAACAUAAUAAUCUCUGUAUGCUUUGCUGAACACAUUGGAAACUUUAUUAGAUCUUUGGAUCAUUAGUAACACUAAAUGUAUACGUGACGAUAGAGUGCAAAGUUCCGUGCUAAUGAUGUACCUUGGGGUAUAAAUAAUAAUUAAAAAAUAUCUAAGUUGUACCAAUUACAAAAGUAUAGAUUGAACUCGGGCGAGCCAACUAUCGAUAAAGCCAGGAAAUAUUAUUGUCAGUGUUGUGCUUGUUUGAUUUUUCCUCAUGUUAUUCAGGCUUUAUGUUGGGGUGGACUUGUCGUCUAAGCCCCCAUAAUCCCUUUUCAGUAUCAAUGUUGUUUGCCCCCCCCCCAAAAAAAAAGUGGCAGUCCGGAGCCAUUAUGGAAUUUGUGAUAACUCUGUCUCCCGAAUUCAAAUGAGCUUUGUAUAUCAUCAUCUCUUCAGAUAAUCUAGUCUUCAUCUAAACAAAAACACUGAAUUGUCUUUUGAAGGAUACACUUCGUGAGUCCGAAGGUUCGUAAUUCCGAAACACGUAAAUUGCAUAUACGUCGAUAUUCGUUAAUCCGAAAACGUUAAAGGGUUCGUUAAAGCGAACAUUUGUGGCGUUAUUCCGAAGGUUCGAUAAUCUGAAAACGAAAUAAGGUUCGAUGUUCCGAUGGUUCGAUAAUCCGAAAACGAAGUAAGAUUCGUUGUCCCGAAGGUUCUUUAAUCCGAAAACGAAAUAAGGUUCGUUAAUCAUUUCGUUUUCGGACUAACGAACCUUUAUUACGAACCUCAUUUCGUUUUCGGAUUAACGAACCUUCGGAAUUACGGACCUCACUUCGUUUUCGGACAAACGAACCUUCGGAAUAAAGAACCUCCAGAAUUACGAAGCUUCGGAAUUACGAAUGUAUGCGGUUUUAGAAACUCCUUCUUUUAGAGAUCCCAAAUCUUAUUUUGUUUUAUCAUUUCAUGAACUUUCAAGCAUAUGUACAUAAUAACUAUACGCUCCGUUGCAAACAGAAUUUGCUUCUUUUUAUUCCAAAAUCAUUGUAAUCAUUCAAUUUUAACUUAUUACAGUACUAACUACAGUGCA